CAUUACGCUAGAAAAGCGCAAUAAAAUAUCUUUCUCUCCCUGACUCCAUUAGGCGGAAGCGUAAUUCGGAUCUGUAUACAGCAUAAAUUUUGAUAACCAUGUUUAAAGUGUUGGCUGUUUUUGCAUUGUAUAAGUCGCUUGUCUGGAGAAACACAGCCUACGCAGAACCGUUGCCAGCAGACUGGCGUAGCCGCAUUGAUCCUUCGAUACUGUGGUCCAAAGAAUCUACAGCUGCCAAUAAUAACCUGUUCCACGGUGACAUCCUGCUGAAGGCCAGUGGACAGUUGAGCGAUGGUGCGUCAGCCACAACGGUAGCUGGACAGUUGUUACCGGAGAAUAUCUGGCCCAACGGAGGAACAGCCAUCCCGUUUAACAUCAGCGAAUCAUUCUCGCCAUCCGAGAAACAGAUUAUUGCCACCGCCCUGCAAACCAUUGAACGCCGGACACUGGGAUGCAUUACGUUCAAACCGGUCGAAACUGAAACAGAUUUCUUGUACUUUCAACGCGGACUCGGAUGCAAUUCAUUUGUGGGUCGCCAAGGCGGCAAACAGCCCAUUAACCUAGACCAUUCUUGCAUGACAUCCGGCAUCAUCCAGCAUGAAAUCCUCCACUCCCUCGGACUGUUCCAUGAACAAUCCCGACCGGAUCGUGACCAGUAUGUCGAAAUCUUCCUGGACAAUGUCAAUCAGCAGUUUCUCAAUAAUUUCGAUCGGCUGCCGUUGAUGGAGACAUACAAUGUCGGCUACGAUGUGGAGUCGGUUAUGCACUAUGGGGCGUUCGAUUUCGCCAAAGAUCUGCAGCGACCGACGAUUAUCCCACGAAUGCCGGGCGCUGUGAAAAUGGGCCAACGGCAUGCGAUGACGAUACUGGAUGCGGCUAAACUGAUGAUGGCGUAUCAGUGCCGGUUCGAUGACAGCCAUUCCGAAGGCGACAACAGUAAUAUAGUCGUGCCUCCCGAAAACGUUCCUCUUUCGCCCCAUUCUUGUCCAGUCGACAUCCCAAAAGGUCGCACCAUCGACAACUGCGAAGAUGACGCCGAAUGCCAGGCCACGGGGCGUGGGGCCGUUUGUUGCCCGUACUGUGGGGAUGGGCGGUGUAAUCGCUACUGUCGCGGCCCGGGCACCAACGGCGAUGACCUGCUGCGUGCGGAUCGCGAGCGCAGCUGCCCAGUGCAUAUUCCGCCCAAUCGGCCGCUGGAUGACUGCCGUGAGGAUCGGGAUUGUAAGCGGUCGGGGCGAGGAACUAUGUGCUGUGCGUACUGUGGAUCGCAGGGAUGUCAUCGUUACUGCCGCGGAACUGGGAGUAAUGGGGAUGUUUUGAUUGGCGGCGGGAUGUCAAUUUAGAAGUGCCUCAUUUAUUAACCGAACGAGCAUUUAUACUUUGGUUUUGUCUUAAAUUAAAGAAGCACUUCAGCUAUGUGACAUGACAAAAAAGACAUCCAAAACACAAGUCUUAUCGCCGCUCUUGUCCAUUACUUUAAAUUUCUUAGAAAAACUUCAGAGGUAAAUUUCCCCAGUGAAAGCGGAAGAGAAACAAAGAACCCUUAAUUUCUUAUUUUUAUAAUGUUAGUGCGCGCGCCUUAAUUAAUUUCCAUUUGCUUUUGGGUGCAUGUUUUUUUCGCUGGUAGAUGUUAGCGGUCAGAGAACAUGUGUAUUCGGGGAAAAAUACAAAAACACAUGUACCAGUAUUCGUACAUCGCGGCAAAAGCCAAAGACAUCAUAAGAUUAAGUACAUUUUUGAAUCGGUUUUCUAGAAUCACAUUUUAAAGUAUAUCAUAAAAAUAUGCAUUCUCUCUCAUGCAAAGUCCCGAUGUCGGUCGAUGUACUCGUCAUUAGUAUUGUCAUUCGUCCCUCCCUGCUCUUGUUGGCCCUUCUUCUUCUGUU